AUGGUGGCUAGUUCUGAGGCGGAUCUCGAGAACCAGAAUAACUACCAGAAGAACCUGUGGGAACCAACCAAACUGCAUGACAGGCCAAUUUUGAAAUCCAUGUCUCAUACUAGGUCACAGACAGGUCCUCCUGACGUAAAUACUCGAACUCCCUCCGCAGUUCCUCUCAGCGGGGAAGAUGGGAAAAAGAGUUGGGGACCUGAUAGACAACUAGAUAAACCUUCCCAGCAGACAGAGUCAAAUAUCAGCUUGGUUGGCAUGAAUCAAAGUUUAUUGAAAACAUUAUACAGCAAAGUCCUACAAGAGGUCAACCAGACACCUCUAGAUGUUGCUUGGCACCCAGUUGAAAUAGAUUCUCGUGUCAAAGAUAUAGAGUUGUUAUUGCAAAAUGAAUGUGUAGAUGAAGUUCGCAUGAUUGGUAUUCACGGAGUUGGUGGCAUAGGGAAAACAACUCUGGCAAAAGCUAUCUACAAUCGAAUGUUUCGACUCUUCGAUGGUAAUUGCUUCCUUUCCGAUGUUAGAUCAGAAGCUGAAGAAUUUGGCCUUGUCAAGCUACAAGAGAAACUUCUUCAACAAUUACUCAAAAAUAAGGACAUCAAAGUUGGCAGUAUUGCUCAAGGCAUCAAUCUAAUCAAAGCAAGACUCGAGUCAAAGAAGGUUCUAAUUGUUCUUGAUGACGUGGACCACAAAAACCAAUUAGAAUCAUUAACAAGAGAAAGAAGUUGGUUUGGUUCGGGUGCUAUUAUCAGGGUUCCGAAAAUGUAGAAGUACUGAAGGUAGAUCCAGGGACAUUAAAGGGAGUGAACUUGAGCACCAAAGCAUUUGAGCAAAUGAAGAAUCUUAGGGUUCUUAUAAUGGAUGAGUUACAUAUUAGUGGAGAUUUUGGGCUGUUGUCCAAGAAGCUCAAAUGGUUGUCUUGGCAAAACUGUCCUUUAAAAUAUAUACCAUCAAAUUUUCCUGCUGAGAAUCUUGUAGUUUUAGAUAUGAGCGGCAGUAAUAUGCAAGAAUUUCGAUUGAAUUUGCAGGUUUGUUACUCAAUUUUACAAUUUCAUGUGUACUGUUAUUGCAACUGAGUGAAAGAAAAUGUUAAUUGAAACUAUAUUUGAUUUA